CUACAGAGUUUCUUCCCAAAUACCUGUAGCUGCAUUCUAAUUGGUUGGUCAUUUCAGUGAAUGACGUGGAAGCGCGAAUUUGAAUGCAGAGCAUGACUCAAUUACGGUUCACGCAUGCUCUUGUGUGGAUAGUAGCUUUGAUCAUACCGCCAGAUCAACUAGGAAACUUUCAGUUCACACUAAGCCACCAACGCGUAAGGACUGCUUCGCCACACACUUGCGCCGACGACCUAAAUAUUCUAGGAAAUAGCCCCGACGAUCAAGAGAUCAACGCCUCUCUUGUAAUACAGAUAAAAAAGGAGACGUCUCACCAAAAGCGGAGAGAAUCGGUUGGAUUAUUAACGCGCAGUGCCGGAACGAGUAAACUUGACGACCUAGAACUUCUACGGGAUUUAGAAAUAUUACGGAUUUUUCAAAGAUGAGUUUAGUCAAGCCUGUGGAGCAUGUCAAGAGACCGAUGAACGCAUUCAUGGUGUGGAGCAGAGAAGAACGACGAAAAAUCGCACAAGAAAACCCCAAGAUGCACAACUCGGAGAUCAGCAAGCGGCUUGGAUCCGAGUGGAAACAGUUAGCUGACGAGGACAAAAAGCCGUUUGUCGAAGAAGCCAAGAAACUCCGCGCCCAACACAUGAAAGAACACCCGGACUACAAAUACAGACCACGACGCAAGCCGAAAUCACUCCUGAAGAAGACCGACAGGUAUCCGUUCCCUCUCCCUUGCAUACCAACACCUGACGAACUGAGCAAAUGCGUAUCACUGUCCUCCACAAGCUCACUAAUGAGCGACAGUUACUCCAAGGCACGCUCCUAUAUGCAAGUGUCGUCUUCCUAUCCCUACGACAUCAGCAGCCUCACUGCAGCCAGCCACAGUUCUCUCACUGGCUCACGUCUCGAAAGAGGACUCGAGAUCCCAAGCGCUGUAAGACCCGAUAUCUCGAGCAUGUAUACUCAUGGUAUGUACCCUACCGUCCCGACAAGUUCGGCGCUGCUGAACGCUUCGGCAGUACCUGUUCCAGGCGCGGGCAGCCCUCACCCGCACUAUCACGCCGUUCAGGGCGCCAACGGACAGUACUCUGUACCUUGCAAUUGCACAUGGCAACCACAGGAUUUACGCAGGCCAGUCGCUUACCUAUUACUUUGACAGCUUACCGUUUAAAAUCUAUUUAUCGAGAUGUAUUCUCUAUUUAUGUACGAUACGUAAUUCGUGUAAAUUGCCUAUGGACAUUUUUUUUAUUGGAGAUCUAAAUAGUACACAUGAGAGAUGUGAAUUAAUUUGACGAAUACGGACCGAGUUUUAUUCGGACUGUGGGAUUUUCGUUUUGUAUUUAUUUUAUGAAGGACCCUUGUGUGUCCAUCUUGCUCUCAACCCAUUGCCCGCCACCGUGUCAAGAAUUCAUUUAUAAGACAACUAAAGUGUGUGAAUAUUUAACUUGUUCAAGUAAUUCUGCUAUGUAUUUAUCGGUCAGUGGCUUUAAGGCCGCCUUUAUGGCAAAGACAUUGUAUAGAACUAUUUACGAAAGUGAAAUCCACUUGUUAAAUGAGCUCGACAAAGCUGACUCAAGGUACAAAUAAGCUGACACAUAAAAAAUCAACUGUAUAUAUAA